ACAGGGAGGAUCAGUGUGACUGAGGGGGCUGCCUGCAGUCUGCUUCAGUGGGUUCACACUCACUGUCCUCUGCCCCAGCCCUCCACGCCCCACUACUCUCCCUGCCUCUGCCCCAGCCCAGGCCCACGGCCCCACCAUGGCCGACCAGUACCAGUACAACACCAACGAGGAGAAAUUUGUGAAAGACAGCCACACCAAGGAGAUCGACCUGAUCAACAGAGACCCUAAAUUGAUCAAUGAGGAUGUGAUCAAGGUAGAGUUUGAGGAUGUAAUCGCAGAGCCCGACGGCACACACAGUCUGGAUGGGGUGUGGAAGCUCAGCUACACCACCUUCACCGUGUCCAAGUACUGGUGCUACCGCAUCCUCUCAGCCAUCUUCGGCAUCCCCGUGGCUCUGCUCUGGGGCUUCCUCUUCGCCUGCAUCUCGUUCUGUCAUAUCUGGGCCGUGGUGCCCUGCAUCAAGAGCUGCCUGAUCGAGUCACAGUGCAUCAGUCGUAUCUACUCCCUCUGCAUCCAGACCUUCUGUGACCCCUUCUUUGAAGCCCUGGGCAAGAUCUUCAGUAGUGUGAAAGUGGCCCUGCGCAAAGAGGUCUAGACACUCACACCAGAGGUAGCUGGUGAGGGGAGGACGGCUCAUAAUAAUGAAUGGAAUGGAGUCAAUGGAAUGAAUCAAACACAUGGAAACCAUGUUUUUAAUGUGUUUGAGACCAUUCCAUUAUUCUGUUCCAGCCAUUACUGUAAGCCUGUCCUCCCCAUUUAAAGUGUCACCAGCCACCACUGACUCACACCCACCACAGUGUUUACAUGUGUUUGGAUGAAAUGUUGCACCCUUUUUAUAUGCCAGACCAGAUGACCAGUCCUGGUGUCCUCAUAUUUCCCAAGACAACCCCCGUUACCCUCACCCCGCCCGAAACCCUGGGCCCCGACCCUGCCCGUCUUGCCCUUUGAGUCCUGACAUGCUACGAGCAACCAGCGCCAUUAGAGGCUCUGUGAUAGCUGCAGCAUGGUUGGGUGACAGCUCUGGCUCCGUUGGAAGGCAGAGAGCUGCCUGUUCAUUGAGGGAAUAGAGUGCUGGCAGCCAUGGCAUGAGCAGGACUAACAUAGCGAAUGUAUCUUGAGAUGCUGAGGACAGUGGCUUCUCGGUCACAUGACAUAAACACCCCAGUUACUCUAACAACAUUGCAGCACCUGUAGGACAAUACUGCCUAUAAAGGGCUCUCCAACCCUAUUCCUGAAGAGCUGCCAUCCUGUAGGUUUCCGCUCCAACCGUAAUCUAGCACACCUGAUUCUAAUAAUUAGCUGGUUGAUAAGCUGAAUCAGGUUAGUUCCAACUAGGGUUGGAGCGAAAACCUACAGGAGGGUAAUUCACA